AUGUCCCACUACAACCAUGGUCAAUCCUACGGCCAACCGCCACAGCAAGGCUACGGUCAAUACCCCCCUUCGCAGCCGGCACAGUACCCUCCUGCUGCCGCGCAAUAUCCCCCACCUCAACAUCAACACCACAUGCCAGGUGGAUAUUACCAGCAACCGCCACCUCAGGGCCAGUAUCCCCCCCCUCCUCCUCAACAACAACAGCCCUAUGGCCAGCCACCUCCACCAUCUCAUCACUACGGCGCUCCUCCUCCUCCCUUGACAACGUCAUAUGGUCAUCACUCACGGGCGCCGCCUACAGCUCCUUAUGGCGGCAGUCCAUAUGGCGCGCCCUCUUCUCAGCAAGGCGCUGCUCCGUAUGGAGGUGUGCCACCUCCGCAGCAGUACGGUCCUCCAGUGCCCGUGACGCCCCCAAGUCUGGGAUAUGGUGCUCCACAGAUCAUUCAGUGGGAUGCCAAUCCUGAUGCGCAAGCCUUGCGGAGUGCAAUGAAGGGCUUUGGCACCGACGAAAAAGCCCUGAUUCGGUCCCUGUCCAGCAAAGACCCUUUACAGAUUGACUUGGUCCGGUCGACCUUUGACCGUACCUUCAGGCGGAACCUGAUCAGAGACUUGAAGGAUGAAACGAGCGGCUGGCUUGAACAGGGCUUGGUGCAGCUGGCCUACGGUCCACUGCUUUCCGACGUGCACAACCUAUACAAUGCCAUGGCAGGCCCCGGCACCAAGGAAGUCGUUCUGAACGACAUUCUGCUGGGCCGGUCCAAUGCCGACAUGAAAGCAAUAAAGGGAGCCUACUACCAGACCUUCCACAGGAGCCUGGAAGACACUGUCAAGGGUGAUUUGAGCAUGAAGACUGAGCGACACUUCCUGAUGGUUCUCGCGGCCAACCGGGCCGAAGAUGCAGCUCCAGUUGUUCCUCGGCAGAUAGACGACGACGUGAUGCAAAUCUACAAGGCGACCGAGGGCAAGAUGGGCACAGACGAACUUCUCGUUUGCCAUAUCCUGAGCAGCAGAAACGAUAAUCAGAUUCGUGCAAUCGCGCACUCGUACCAGCAAAAGUUCAAUCGCGACUUGGAUAAAGUCAUCAAAUCCGAGUUCUCCGGACAUAUGCGAGAUGCUUUGCUCUUCCAGCUGCGCCAUGCCGUGGACAAGUACAUGCACGCCGCGGAACUUCUAGAAGAAUCCAUGGCUGGAAUGGGAACCAAGGACCAUCUGCUCGUCGCUCGCGUGGUCCGUUUCCACUGGGACCACACCAUGUUGUCAAACGUCAAGGCUGCCUACCAGCAGCGCUAUCGAAAAAGCCUGGCUAAUCGGAUCAAGGGAGAGACAUCUGGGGAUUACGAAAAACUGAUGCUGGCGUGCAUUGGCGAGUGGCGCUAA